AUGUCAGCCACUGAGUCAACGAGUUUAUUGAAUAAGGAUGUACAAAAGCGAAAAUCAAUCACACUUGGGUCCCUGUACCUGGAAAACACAGGAGCUGUAGCAAGAGAUCAUUUGGCCAACGAACGUACAUUUCUUGCAUGGAUGCGGACAAGCUUUUCUACCAUUUCAGUGGGCGUAGGGAUCACGCAAUUGUUUCGAUUGCAAGAAACAGCCAUUCAACGAAUCGGUCAACUCCUCGGCGUAGGAUUCAUAUUAAUGGGCGCUCUAUACCUUGCACUCGGCUGCACUCGCUUUUUCCAUGCACAGAGUGCCAUGACGAAAGGAUACUUUCCUGCAACGAGAGGUAUCAUUAUGACCACCUUUGGUGUAACACUGGCUGCAUUAACCAUCUUGCUUGUCAUUGUGCAAACUGAAUCAUAA